GAAGGCGCGCGCCCGGGGACGAGCAGGGCGCAGCGAGGGACGGGCGCGCCCACUAGCCCUGCCGGCCUGCACCGGCCCCGCCUACGCCUCUGGGUGAGGACCUUCGGCAAGACUCCUGGCUGUGGCCCAUGGGCCUCUGAGGAGGCGUUGGAAGUCCGCCCAGCUCCCCACUUGCUGUGCUCCCACUCAAUGGGAAGGGAGCCAAGGCCCUGUCCAGCCACCAGCCACGGCCUGUGGACAGCAGCAGGAUGGAAGUCAAAGGUCAGCUCAUCAGCUCACCUACCUUCAGUGCCCCAGCUGCCCCGUUUGGAGAGGCUGCCCCCCAGGUGAAGUCAGAGCGUCUGCGGGGGCUGCUUGACCGGCAGCGGGCCCUGCAGGAGGCCCUGAGCCUGAAGCUUCAGGAGCUCCGCAAAGUGUGUCUCCAGGAGGCGUCUCUGCCUCCCCGCCCCUCCCAGGAGCUGACAGGCCAGCUGCCCCCUGAGUGCCCACUGGAGCCUGGUGAGCGGCCCCAGUUGGUCCGCCGGCGGCCCCCUGCAGCCCGCGCCUACCCUCCGCCACACCCCAACCCAGCACAUCACUCCUUGUGCCCUGCUGAGGAGCUGGCUCUUGAGGCCCUGGAGCGCGAGGUAUCCGUGCAGCAGCAGAUCGCAGCCGCUGCCCGCCGCCUGGCCCUGGCCCCUGAGCUGAGCACCGAGCAACGCCGGCGCCGGCGCCAGGUGCAGGCCGAUGCACUGCGGAGGCUACAUGAGCUGGAGGAGCAGCUCGGGGACGUCCGGGCGUGCCUUGGCCUCCCAGGGCUCCCGCCGCCCCAGCCCCUGCCACUAUCCACAGGUGCACUCGUCCCCACCCAGGGAGUCUGCUUGGGCACGCGCCUCACUCAGCUCAGCCAAGAGGACGUAGUUCUGCACUCGGAGAGCAGCUCCCUGUCAGAGUCUGGGGCCAGCCAUGAUAACGAGGAGCCUCGUGGAUGCUUCUCCCUGGCUGAACGCCCCUCGCCACCCAAGGCUUGGGACCAGCUGCGGACAGUAUCUGGGGGGAGCCCUGAGCGGCGAACCCCGUGGAAACCGCCCCCGUCAGAUCUUUAUGGGGAUCUGAAGAGCCGACGGAAUUCUGUGGCCAGCCCCACCAGCCCCACACGCUCGCUGCCCAGGAGUGCCUCCAGCUUUGAGGGGCGAAGUGUGCCUGCCACUCCUGUGCUCACCCGGGGCUCUGGCCCCCAGCUCUGCAAACCCGAAGGCCUCCAUUCUCGCCAGUGGUCCGGCAGCCAGGACUCCCAGAUGGGCUUCCCCCGGGCAGACCCUGCCUCCGAUCGUGCCUCCCUCUUCGCAGCUCGCACUCGCCGCAGCAACAGCUCUGAGGCCCUGCUGGUGGACCGGGCGGCUGGAGGGGGAGCUGGCUCCCCACCGGCCCCUCUGGCUCCCCCUGCUGCUGGUCCCCCAGUCUGCAAGAGCAGUGAGGUGCUGUAUGAGCGUCCCCAACCAGCCCCUGCCUUCUCCUCCCGCACAGCUGGCCCCCCAGACCCUCCCCGGGCCGCCCGGCCGAGCUCAGCUGCCCCUGCCUCCCGCGGGGUCCCCCGGCUCCCACCUGUGUGUGGGGACUUCCUCUUGGACUAUUCCCCUGACCGGGGCCUGCCCCGCGGUGGCAGCGGAGCAGGCUGGGGGGAGCUGCUGCCUGCAGCUGAGGUCCCAGGACCCCUCUCCCGUCGGGAUGGGCUCCUGGCCAUGCUGCCCGGCCCACCACCUGUGUAUGCAGCUGACGGCAGCAGCCCCCUCCUCCGCAGCAAGGACCCCCACACCCGUGCUACCCGCACCAAGCCCUGUGGCCUGGCCCCAGAGGCUGCCGAGGGUCCGGAGGUCCAUCCCAACCCUCUGCUGUGGAUGCCCCCACCCACCCGUAUCCCACCUGCCGGCGAGCGCAGUGGCCACAAGAAUCUCGCCCUGGAGGGGCUGCGGGACUGGUACAUCCGGAACUCGGGAUUGGCUGCGGGGCCCCAGCGCCGGCCUGUGCCCCCCCACAUGGGCCCACCACACCCGUCCUUCCUCCACGCCCGAUGCUAUGAGGUGGGCCAGGCGCUGUACGGGGCUCCCAGCCAGGCACCUCUCCCACACUCGAGGAGUUUCACGGCGCCCCCUGUCUCUGGCAGAUACUACGCGGACUUCCUGUACCCCCCGGAGCUGAGCGCUCGUUUAAGUGACCUGACGCUAGAGGGGGAGCAGUCCUCCAGUUCUGACCCCCAGACCCCGGGGACGCUGGUCUGACCCCUUCUGAUACAUCUCACGUUGGCCUGGGCAUGACUCCAGUCUGGGGAGCACACAGCUGACCUCGCUGAGCCCUGAGAUGUGGCUGCUCUCAGUCUUGGGCAGGGCGGGGCGGGGGGCGGGGAGGGCACCCAGCUGAUCUUCCAACGCCCCUCCCUGGCUCUGCGUGGGCCUGGGAAGGUGUCUGACACCCUGGUUCUCCUCUCACACUGGGCUGGGGACUGGGGGACCCUAGCCAGCUUAAAGGAGAUGGGAGUGAUGUCCUGGGGAUUCCACGCUCCUCCUCCAUUUCUGUUUACAGUUGUGAUUUAGGUAUUCACUGUCUUCCCCCCCGCCCCCCACCCUGCACUAGGCAUUUUAUAAAAGGGAAACUGUGAUCUUGUCCUGGUUGGGUUCAUUCCUGUCCCCAUGCCCAGCCUGUUCCAUUCAGGAACCCCCUCCACAAAACGGACCAUGUAGGGUCUCAGGGCCCUGUUUGGGGCAGCCAGGAGACUCUGGUGUGCACAGAACUCCCUGCCACUCCCCACCAGGGCAGUUUUGGGGGAGCUGGGCUCUGCCUACACUUGGAAGGAUUGAAGUCUCUGGGUGUGGUCCCUGAAGGAGGCUGCAUCCCUGCCUGUGCCCUGGGCCUCUGCCCUGACCGUGCCAAUCAGGAGGCCCCAAAGGAGGAGCAAGGGGCAGAGCCCUCGGGUGUGCUGUGUCCUGGGAUGCUGCUGUGGUUGAACCUGGCAUCAGAAGACGCCAGUAAAAUCCUCAGGUGACGUCUGGCUAUGGGCCGCAGGCCACGUCACGUCUUCCUUGGCUUUCCUUCCACUCACUUUUUAAACAAAUCACACAAGCUGUGUUUUCUAUGAUACCUGUCUGUGAUUAACUGGAGUUGGGGGUUCCCCUCCCCCCUUGACCUGGUAUUAAAACUUUUCUUUUUGUACAAAUGGAUCUGGGCCCAAGACACUACUCACACUGGAAGGGGAUUUCUAUAAUAAAUGUGUAAA